AUGCCAACAUGGCUAGGACCACUUUUGAGGAAGACAUUCUCUGGGGCAUGUUUGCUGCAUGAUGAACUUCAAAAGAAUGUACUAAGCAAGUACUGUAUCACAUGUGAUUCAGAUUUAUGCAAGUAUUUCAUCUUUACAAACAAAUACAAUGAUCAUGACCACCUAAAGAUUUAUCGACAUGUUUACAAAGACGUUAUUCCUUUCGAUCAAAUGGAAAAAUAUGUUGACUUAAAAUUAGCUCAACCAUACAGAUGCAACAAGAAAUUCGUAAUUGCUUUGAAUCCUCUGCCACAUUAUGUGUCUGGCUCCUUAGUUGCUGGAGAUCCUACUUGUCUCACUUGGAAAAGGAGAUUGCAUGACCCUGAACAGUUUCAAUUUUGUUCCAUUGCUUUCCAAGUAGAAGCCUAA